GCCCGACAGUAAAACUCCUAAGGGCGUUGUGUAUAGGAUGUCCCCACGGGAGUUAGAGGAGCUUCACAAACAAUCAGACGAGCUCCUCGAGAAGGGUUGGAUUAGGCCCAGUUCAUCUCCGUUCGGAGCGCCUGUUCUCUUUGUCCCUAAGAAAGAGGGAGAGCUGAGGAUGUGCAUAGACUAUAGGGGUCUGAAUGCCAUUACAGUGAAGAAUGUUGAGCCACUGCCUAGGAUAGACGAUCUCUUAGAUCGAGUGCAGGGGGCGAAGUAUUUCUCUAAGAUAAAUUUGAAGUCCGGAUAUCAUCAGAUAGAGGUGCAUCCUGAUGAUCAGUACAAGACAGCCUUCCGGACUAGAUAUGGGCACUACGAGUUCAUAGUGAUGCCCUUUGGACUAACCAAUGCGCCAGCUACGUUCCAGCGUUGUAUGAACGAUUUGUUUAGGCCGUGGUUAGACAGAUUUGUUGUAGUUUAUCUAGAUGACAUUUUAGUAUUUAGUAGGACCCUCGAAGAGCACCAGGGUCAUCUCAGGCAGGUCUUGGAGAAGCUGAGGGAAGCUAACUUCAAGAUCAAUGCAAAGAAGUGCGAUUGGGCGAAAACCCAAGUUUUGUACUUAGGCCACGUCUUAGACGGAGACGGCGUUAAGCCAGAAGAUAGCAAGAUCGCAGCGAUUAGAGAUUGGCCCACACCUCGUACGCUGACAGAGGUGCGUUCGUUCCUGGGCUUAGCUAAUUACUAUAGGAAGUUCGUGAGGAACUUCUCCACCAUCGCUGCGCCCCUUCGCAGACUGUUGAGAAAGGAGACCAUCUGGAAGUGGGACAAGGACUGUACGUCUGCCAUGAAGAAAGUGAAGCAGGCCUUGAUAAAGUAUCCAGUCCUUAAAGUCGCCGAUCCAUCCUUGCCUUUUGUCGUCACGACCGAUGCUAGUCAAUACGGCAUAGGUGCAGUGUUACAGCAAGACGAUGGCAAUGGGUAUAGACCCGUAGAGUUCAUGUCCGCCAGGAUGCCUUCAGAGACGGUCGCGACAUCGACCUAUGAGAGGGAACUCUACGCUCUCAGGCGAGCCUUAGACCACUGGAAGCACUACUUGCUUGGGAGACACUUCAAAGUCUAUUCUGACCAUGAAAUGUUACGAUGGUUGAAGACGCAGGUCAAGAUGACACCUAAGCUUACUAGGUGGGCCGCCGAGAUAGAUCAGUACGACUUCGAGCUCAAGCCUGUCAAAGGGAAGUACAAUGUAGUCGCGGAUGCUCUGAGUAGGAGGGCAGAUUACUUUGGGGCAAUAGUGCACUACCUCGAUAUAGGGAAGGAUCUGCAGCAGAAGGUUAGGGAAGCCUACGCGCAGGACCCUAUCUAUAGUGAGUUCCUUAAGGAGGUCAAGGAGGCCCCAGAGACUGAACCGAACUACCGCACUACUGAAGGGUUGCUUUUUGAGAAGACUAAUGUAUUUGACCACCUGUGCAUCCCCAAUAGCGAAGAGAUUCGUAGCCUGAUUUUGGGAGAAUGCCAUAACACGGAGGGUCAUUUUGGUUGGCAGAAGACUUUAGCCAACCUGAUGCGCGCAUACACCUGACCAGGGAUGAAGAAUGAUUGCGUAGAGUAUGUUCGCAGUUGUAAGGUUUGUCAGCGUAAUAAGAGUCGC